CGCUCGUCCUUGAUCCUUGUGCGGCGUGUCUCUUGCUCGGUUUUUCGUUCUUCUUUUAGGUUUGCAGUGAACCCAGCAGUUUUGUACAUAAAGAAAUCCCCUUGAACAGACAAUCCGCCUCUAGUGUCUGCCUGCAUGAGCAUCCUGUUUUCGUCGUAGCGACUGCCACUGUGUAUCAGGCCACACCAGAGCUGUCCAGGCGGUCCCUUCGUGUGCACAAUAAUGCGAAGCGCAAAGCUUCAGGCAGCGCUGGUAAAACGACGCGAGGCAGAGCAGAUCAAAUUCCAGAAAUCGGCGGCCGUUGAACGAUAUUACGAUCAGUGGGGACGCAUUACGAGCCGGUUUGAAUCAUGGACGACCCCGCAGUACUAUCGCGAAGCGGAGGAAGCACUCCGGAAGCGCGAAGAUGAAAAGCGAAAAGAGGAAGCGCUGCUGGCGAGACGGGAACGUCUUAAAACGCUGCUGACGGAGGAAAAUGAGUCACUGGAAAAGGAAAUGGAAGAGCGUUCGCGGCCCAAACCAAAGGUACUAGCUACAGAGAUUUUAGAAGGUGUACGGUCCCGUUUAAGGGAUACGGAAGAGGCCAAGAAGCGGCUCGAUCUCGAGGCAAAUCUGUACAGCAAAUGGAGGGGUGGAAUAAAUCGAGAUGAUAUUAUACUAGAUGCACGAAGCUCCCACCAGGCCAUGGCCAAGCUAAACUGGAUCGACCGGCAGGUCGAGCUCCAGAUACAGGAUGAGAACAAUCGGCGCGAGCAGCAGGAACGUGAAUUGCGACUUCACGAGGAGGUUCGACGACGCGAGGAGCUACUGCUGGAGAAGAGUCGGGCACGGGAACAGGAAAUUAAGGAGCUCCGCAGCAUGCAGGAAGUGCACAUGGGUGAGUUAAAGUCGCGCGAGCACGAAACAAACGAGUUGAAGCUGUACGAGGUGCGCUUGAAGACGAAAAAGGAGGAGAUGGCCAAAGAGCUGGAAUCGUUGCGUGUCUAUAACGAUCGCAGGCGUGAUCGUGUGGUAGCGAUGCAUAACCUGCGGCGCAUUAAGAUGUUGCUGCGAGAGCGCUCGGAAGCGGUUCGCAAUGAUUUGCGGCACGAUCUGCAACUGUUGCAACGGAUCAGCAUCGACAAUCCGGCGGCGGGCGAUAGCGCGGAUGGGAUCGAGUAUCUGCGGCGCAAGUUUCAGCUACAGCUCGAGCUGGAGAUCGAACAGCAGACGGCGAUCGAGAACAUGUACGAGUCGGAAGCGAAGCACAACCUAGCCAAGUGGGAAGACAAGUGGAACAGUGAGGCCGUCAUACGGGAGCAACAGUUGCGGUGCUUGCUCGAAGAUCGGUUGAUGGAUUUCGAGACAAAGCUGAUCGAUUGUACCAAGCGGCAACGCGAAUUGAUCGAGGUGCGCGAGCAGCACAUCAAGGCAAUCGAAAGUGCCAACCAACGGCUGAAGGAGCUAAUGUCGGACAAAUCACGCGACGAGUACGAAACCUCGGCCAACAGUGCACAGAUGCGGGAUCUGCUCGUACAACGUGACAAUAAUUUGAAACGGCCAUCCACUCAGAGCUCCACCAGAAGUAGCACCUUCAGCAGCAUCUUUCCUUUCGAUGAUAAUUUCAAGGAGCUCAACAUCAGUCAAAGUAGGACGAUCGAGCGAGGUAAACCAGAUGGGCCGGAAGUUCUCGCUGUACCGCGGUUUGGUCGAAAGAAAGUAGCCUGGUGCUAGAAACAAUAUAAUCGCGUGAGCUUAUGAUUCAUAGAAGUCCGUCCAUUUUUAGUCACGUUUUGACGACACUUUUACGUGAGGUUUAUGUGUUUCUCUAGUGAAAAGCCUUGAAUAAUUGUGUGAUUUUUGU